UCUGUCAGGCUCUUUCUACGUUCGACUACCAGUUUCACUCAAGUGAUACCCUCCGUAAUAGCUCCUGCUAGAAAGAAAAUAUCUCGCGACAACAAGGAGAACAUCGCCGUACCAAGUCAACUUCGACCAACACGAACUUCACCUGUUGCACCGCUGGGGAAGAAGGCAAACAAGUAAGCCCUCAAGGCCUUCUCGCCGCCCGCUUUCUCGGAUAGACGACAAUGCUAUGGUUCCAGCCCCUCAUGAUAUUUCAGCAAAAGUCCUUCCCAGCCGCAACGCAGAAAACUAUCUACGCGAAAAUUCACCGCUCUAUUCUAUGCCACAAUUCGAUUCGUAUCCAUACCAGUUUCUGUCGUUCUUCGAUAUGUUUUUGGAGAUACCACCUGAGGAAACCUACCCAUACUCUCCUCUGAUUGAUCUAUUCUGCGACCUGCACACGCUAUUCCGUGAUUCAGAGGCCAGCUCUGAACAACCUCCGGUCUUGCCUUUAUUCCUUGUAUCGCAUUUCAACGAGGAUAUAGCUCGCCUUGUCCCCUUGCAGCCCAACACUAUACCUUGUCCCCAGCCACCCAGGCACAGACUGUACUGCAAGCUUUUCCUGGAUCUGUUUCCAUUUGACGACCUUCUCGGUGAGCUGCAGAGGAUGCCUGGUUACCCAGAAGUGGACCCUUUCGAGGAUGUCGUCAAGAUGUCGCCUAGCAUGUUUUGUUCCAGUGUUGGUCUCACAACACCGGAUGAAGAUAGAUCUGACUGGGCGUUUUGAUUCUUGUAUCUUCUCAUGUCCAAUUCGUUUUGUACACUAUAUCGUCAUCGUUUCUGACCUGCAGACUCAAAGUUCAAGCUAGUACUGAAAGGCAGUCCACCCUCCAGUGAAUUUCAGU